AUGUGCAACUCGCGCUCGUGCCAGGAGCUGCAGGAAGGUGGCGGGCUCGGAACCCCAGCGGCCACUAAUCUUAACAGCGAAUACCAAGAGGCGGCGACGGUCGCCGGGGUGAACCUGCGGCGCCGUUGUGCGCGACAGCCACUGCUGCGGCACGACCCGUCCUUCCGGACCGACAGCUUCGCGAGCGACCUGGACCCACGCCCUCUCAACGACGAAACCACGCCUGGGCAGCAGGCCGGUGCGUGGGCAGGCGAGGUGGUGGUCCCCGUAUGCAUCGACCUCGGCCCCACAGCCGUGUCGGCGUUCCGCGCCACAGUGCAGGGCCGUGAGGGGCAAGGGCAGCCGAAGGCGGCGCCUCAUUGCGACGUGCAUGAGGUCGGGCGCAAGGGUGGAGGCUGUGUCCGAAGGAAUUGCCGCAAGCCACAUACCAGCGUGCGGACCGGACUGAGAGUGAAGGAGGGCCCGAGCGGCCGGAGCCAAGGCAGGAAGCAACACGCGUUCUCGAAAGGAAGUGUGGAGUGCGAGAACGGCGUGUCGCUGCCAACCUGGGUUUCCCAAGCCGAGUUCACCCUCAGCGGCUGGCGCGUCGGCGCCACGGGCGCAAGACGCCCACUCCGGUCUGCUCGUCCAGCCCUCUGCAGUAACUUGGCGCGCCGCCUCCGCUGCUGCACGUAG